AUGGCUCCCAUUCGACGAUACCUGCGCAUCAGCAAAUACUCGGUCUUGGAGUGUCGGAUCUACCUCGACUCUCCAUCCGAUUCAAGAUGGCUCUUGGACUCUCGGGAUCCUGUCCUCCCACGCGUCUUUGAGGCCAUCCGGCCGCUGGUCCUGCCCAAGCUGCGCGAAGAGAAUGAGCGACUCUUUCUGCGCAAGAAGGGGAAAGCAGUCAAGGAUGUCAUUUCAGAAGAUGAGUUUGAAGUAGCCAUUUUCCUGCGCGAAUCGCGCACUCGUCACUCCCUUCUCACGCGCAAUAAGACCUUCCACGGCAACAAUCAACCCAAAAUCAAGCCAGAAGAUGGUGAUGGGAUCAUAAAUCCAGGCUCGACCGAGGAUGAAAUCUUAAUAGAAAGUGAUGGGGAGGUUGAUGAAUUGCACGUUAUCCCUGGGGCGGAUGAAGCGGCGGAUAUGCCAGAGAGAACAAGACAGAAAAAGACGGGGAAGAAAGCCGAGGACGUAAGCGAAGAGAAGAAGCUUCGUUUCAGUACACACUACGAAAGCUUCAAUAUUUGUGGAUGGGUGUUGUGUCUAUUGAUCACCCGCAAAGGUGACAAGACCAAGCUAAGUGCUGAACCCAAGCAACCUCUGAUGGAGGAAUGGAUUUCAACCCAAGCCCAGACAUCCGUCGACGAGGAUUGA